AUGUCCAUUGAAGUUGACUGGGGCACAGCGACCUCGGGUCCGGACGGCGAGGCUCUGGCUGAGCGCAUUCGCUCCUUCAUCCAUGACAAGUUCCAGCAGGUAGCUCUUCCGCGAUUUAUCCGAUCCGUUCAGGUCCAUUCGUUUGAUUUCGGAACCAUCCCACCGGAGCUCGAGAUCAAAGACUUCUGUGAACCCUUCGCCGAUUUCUAUGAAGAGGAUGAAGACGAUGAAGCUUCCGACGUGUCUGAGGAGCUUGUCUCCGGACAUGGCACUCAGUGGCAUCGCACCGGCUCAGAGCUCAGCGAGCCGCCGUUCCGAGAUGAAAACGUUAUGCAUCAACCGCUUCGCAAUCCAUUCGAUGAGCGGUUUCAGCCAUCCGCUCUGCGUUCCCCGAUAGCUCUCGGUGACCAUCUCAACCCGCACUUCCUUCCUCGCGCCGGCACUCCUGGUAUUCCCGGAGGAACCUCAACACUGGGCUACCACCUGAUGUCUUUGGGUGGCCUAUCAGGAACACAGACGCCUCUGGCUGCGGUUGCCGGCGGAAACCCAUUCGCUAACAGCUGGAAUGAUCCGAGCAGCAUGGGCGCACGGGGCAGAGGGCCCCUGUCAUCCUCACCCUUUGAUGCAGUGCAUUCGCAACAUCCCGAAGCCGACCUAGACAGCAGCAAUCCAGCCUCACGCCCAUCGACAUCAAGCACGCUCCCCUCGCACCCGGGUGGUUCUAACAACGGCGGUGGAGAAGCAGGAGCAGCAGCAGGUAGUAGCAGUCACAUGGCACGCACACAGGAGAACGGGCAUCUUGGCGACUCCGCAUCGGCGGAACCUCUUCGGCUGCCUCGAUUGCGAGAACGCCGGCCCGAAGAUUUGCAGGUUCUGUGCCAUGUCAAAUAUGGAGGGGACGUGCGCCUGUCGCUGACUGCGGAGAUCCUUCUGGACUAUCCUAUGCCUAGUUUCGUGGGCUUGCCCCUGAAAUUGAAUGUCACUGGCAUAACCUUCGAUGGCGUCGCGGUAAUCGCACACAUCCGCAAGCGGGUGCAUUUUUGUUUCCUAUCCCCCGAGGAUGCCGACGCGUUGAUCGGAUCCGAUCAGCAAGAUGCCGCAGGAGGGCAGGAAGACAAACCACGGGCUGAGCAAACCAAACGUCAUGGAGGAUUACUGGAGGAAAUCCGGGUGGAAAGUGAAAUUGGCCGCAAGGAGGAUGGAAAGCAGGUCCUGAAGAACGUUGGCAAGGUCGAGCGGUUUGUUCUGGCGCAAGUGCGACGAAUCUUCGAGGAGGAGUUUGUCUAUCCGAGUUUCUGGACUUUCUUAGUAUGA